AUGAAAAUUCCUUUCCCUUUCUCUUUUCCCACUGGCAUGUGUCUCCUUCUAAUUCCUGGAGUUUUUCCAGUAUCCUGUGAGGGAAUUAUAGGAGGAAAAGAAGUGCCACCUCACACAAGACGCUACAUGGCUCUAAUCAAAGGGCUGAAAGUCUGUGCAGGGGCUUUGAUCAAAGAAAACUGGGUGUUGACAGCUGCUCACUGUGACCUGAAAGGCAAUCCUCGAGUUAUUCUUGGGGCCCACUCUACCUCCCGUAAAGAGAAAUAUGACCAAGUAUUUUCCAUUAAAAAGGCAAUUCCCCAUCCAUGCUUCAAUCCACAGACCUUUGAAGGGGAUCUUCAACUCCUUCAGCUGGAUGGUAAAGCAACUAUGACCAAAGCUGUAGGAAUACUUCAGCUACCAAAAACAGGAAACGAUGUCAAACCCCACACCAAAUGUCAUGUGGCAGGAUGGGGAAGCACCAAAAAAGACUUGUGCAAAAUUUCAAGUGCCUUGAGAGAAGCCAACAUUACUGUGAUAGAUAGGAAAAUAUGCAAUGAUGCCCAGCACUAUAAUUUUAAUCCAGUUAUUGAUCUCAGUAUGAUCUGUGCUGGUGGUAGAAAAGGUGAAGAUGAUUCAUGUGAAGGGGAUUCUGGAAGUCCUCUGAUAUGUGAUAACGUUUUCAGAGGUGUCACUUCCUUUGGGAAGUGUGGUAACCCCCAGAAGCCUGGCAUCUACAUUCUCCUUACCAAAAAAUACCUCAACUGGAUAAAGAAAACCAUUGCAGGAGCCAUAUAA